CAAUUUCUUUUUUUGUUUCAAUCUUCAGAUUUCCUGUUUAAGUUCUUGGUCAUAGGAAAUGCUGGAACUGGAAAAUCCUGUUUACUACACCAGUUUAUUGAAAAGAAAUUCAAAGAUGACUCAAAUCAUACUAUAGGAGUGGAAUUUGGUUCAAAGAUCAUAAAUGUUGGUGGUAAAUAUGUAAAAUUGCAGAUAUGGGAUACAGCAGGACAAGAGAGAUUCAGGUCUGUAACAAGGAGUUACUAUAGAGGAGCUGCAGGUGCUUUGCUUGUUUAUGAUAUAACCAG